CUUCCAAGCAGCGAGGGAAAUCUAACGGAAUAAUGCUACAUUAAACAAAAUGUUUUUAGCCCUGUUGAAACUUGGAUCGAAACUUGCUGCUGCUACCGCCGCCGCAACAACGUCGUCGUAAAAUGGAACCCUCAUAUGAUCACGAACAUCCACAUCAUCUACUAACAAAUUACAACGCAAAAAAGUGUCAUCCAUUUCUAUCCGCUACUCAUGAUUAUAGUCAUCCUGCCGAUAUACAAGAACAUGGUUUUGGAGUAGAAGAGAGACUGCUUAUCGAUAAUUCAAAUGAAAUUUACUAUUUAAAACAAGGAAGUGAACACUCAUCAUCAGGCUUACAUUCUCCUGCCAUACAUUCUUCCAAUUAUGACAUAGAAAAUAUUAAAGAUGGUAGUCAAUCGACAACGGGUCACACGUCAAUGCUCUCCAGUCCGUUUUUAAGUUCAUCUUCUCCUAUUAUCGACACAAAUCCUCCACUUCUGGCUACCAAUUCUCCUAUGCUAAAUAAAUUUCUAACACGACCAAAUGUAGUUAAUAUGACAACUGAUAUGGAAGAUGGUCCAAUUGCUAUGGACUCAUCCAUAUGGAGCUAUAACUAUAAAGGAGACAUAUGUAAUACAAACUGCACUUAUUUGGAGCGACAAAAAUUGAGUAGCGAUAUCAAAUAUAGUUCAGGGAUAAAUCAGUCGAAGUGUGCCAAAGAAACAAGAAUUCGUCGACCUAUGAAUGCGUUUAUGGUGUGGGCAAAAAUUGAACGUAAAAAAUUGGCGGAAGAAAAUCCAGAUUUGCAUAAUGCGGACCUGAGUAAAAUGUUAGGCAAAAAAUGGCGUUCAUUAACACCGCAAGACCGUAGACCAUACGUUGAAGAAGCCGAACGCUUACGAGUCAUACAUAUGACAGAACAUCCAAAUUAUAAAUAUCGACCGCGCCGUAGAAAACAAUCGAAGUUACGUAAAUUACAGACAAAUAGUAAAGAACAGUCAGUGAUACAGUCAACCAAUAAUUUGACAAGUCAAAAGUUGGGCACACCACCUACAAUGAAUUAUAUCAAUUCAUUAGAUGACAACUUGUCAACUCAACUAACAACUUCAAAUGCUAGAGCGAUCUAUGAACACACGCUUAAGUCUAAUUAUUCAUCAAACUCUACAGAUUGUUAUAGUAAUCCAGAUACAUUGGAUACCAUUGACACAUUAAAUUGUCAUUCAAUGCAAAAUAAGGAACAAAACAUGAAAUUCGAUAUGCCACCAACACUGAAACAAAAUACUAAAGUCAAUAAACACACUGACAAACAAUCCAAAAAUAAAUCUCAGUCCAACUCAAAUGGACAAAAAGAUAUUGAAAAAGAUUACAAAUUAACAGAUAAGGAAAUGAAAUAUUCGCAAAGUUCAUUUCAGACCUAUCCCUUAGCUUCUUCCACUUCAAUAGCUGUUGUCGCUGGACGAGGCAUGUAUGUUACUUGUAAUAAUCGUGGACUUUUAGACAAUGGACACACAGUUAAAGGUACUUUCUACCCACCCAUACCAAUAAUGGAACGAGACAGCCCGCGCUCAAUUAAUAGCACCACUCUGCCUAGCACAACGCCUGCUCACAACUCACCAACAAACAUGUUGAAUGCACUACAAACGACAAAUUCCGAAAUAAAUUAUCGCUUAUAUCCACAGGAUAUUACUUCAAUCAACGUUAGGAAUAAUUUGCAUAACAACAGUCCAACGAGUUAUUUAGCCAUGCCAAAUCCAUAUACUUCCAAUAUAGUACAGUAUGAAGAAUAUUUACGUUAUCCAAAUUCCGAAAAUAAUUUAUCACCUAUAAUUUGUGACAAUUCACUAGUUGAAACUAAAAUUAAUUCCAACUCAAAACAACAUAAAUAUCCUGACACAAAUCAUAAUUACGACAGUUAUGAAAGUUAUAGCAAUGCUGGAGCAGAUUUACACAGUUAUUACACCCAACUGCCCUAUGCGAUCACUACUACCAAUUGUCCAUCCUCACCGUUGGCCUUUCCUCUACAAUUAACAAUACCAGUACAACAUUCUCAACAAUCUACUGAAAACUACGCACAUCAUCAGUCCGUUCAGAGCAGUUAUUCUCACUAUAAUAAUUAUCCCCCCGACGACACUGGUCGGAGCACUAAUAUGGUUUUACAGGAAACUGCAAUGCCUAAUAUACCGAAUGUUUCACAAAGUCUUCAUAUGUCUCCGAUACAAUCACAGAUGCACUCAGUCCCUGCCGUUACAGCCAUGGCGUAUUCUACACACAAUGACUGCAACAGUGGAUUAGCAGGUGAUUUAUUAUAUGAACAACGAAAGGAAGAAGAGAUCAGCAACAUUUUAGCAGGAGUACGUAAAACGUGUUACAGCAGCUGAAAAAA